CCGAGCAGGGGAGGGGGCGGGGGCGCCGCGCACGCGCACGGCUUGGCGGCGCGCGCCGAGCGGGGGGCGCCGCGCGGGUGCAGCCACGAUGGAAGGGGGUGCGUACGGAGCCGGCAAAGCCGGGGGCGCCUUCGACCCCCACACCCUGGUCCGGCAGCCUCACACCAUUCUGCGAGUUGUGUCUUGGGUGUUCUCCAUCGUGGUGUUCGGCUCCAUUGUGAACGAGGGCUACCUCAACAGCAGCUCCGAGGGUGAGCAGUUCUGCAUCUACAACCGCAACCCCAAUGCCUGCAGCUACGGUGUGGCCGUGGGCGUGCUCGCCUUCCUCACCUGCCUGCUCUACCUGGCCCUGGACGCGUACUUCCCGCAGAUCAGCAGUGUGAAGGACCGCAAGAAAGCCGUCCUGUCCGACAUCGGCGUCUCGGCCUUCUGGGCCUUCCUCUGGUUCGUGGGCUUCUGCUACCUGGCCAACCAAUGGCAGGUCUCCAAGCCUAAGGACAAUCCAAUGAAUGAAGGGACAGAUGCGGCCCGGGCCGCCAUCACCUUCUCCUUCUUCUCCAUCUUCACAUGGGCGGGCCAGGCUGUGCUGGCCUUCCAGCGGUACCAGAUUGGCGCCGACUCGGCCCUCUUCUCCCAGGACUACAUGGACCCCAGCCAGGACUCCAGCAUGCCUUACGCCCCCUACGUGGAGCCCAGCGCUGGGCCAGACCCUGCCGGCAUGGGCGGCACCUACCAGCAGCCAGCCAACGCCUUUGACCCCGAGCCCCAGGGCUACCAGUCACAGGGCUACUGAGCCUCCGUGACUGCCUGCUGCCCCUUCCAGCCCCACCUGCCCCUGUCCCGGCGGCCCCUGCCCCAUCCCUGCACACCCAGCCCCCUGCUCCUUGCCAGGCUGCCCUGCCCAGCACCUCAUCAGCCUCUGGGUUUUUCCCCUGAGGUCCAGGGCAGCUCAGGGUGACGGACAGUAAGGUGUUGGGAAGUAUGUCUACAUGUAUGUACAAGUGUGUCUAGCAGAGACCUGGGGUGUUUGCAUUCAUUCAUCAUGUCAUCGAGCAGUCACUGAGCAUCUACCAUGUGUCAGGCCUGUGCAUGGCACAGGUGGUGAAAGAGAAAUGGUCUCUGGAAAAGGGAAAGAGAUACAGAGGAGGCCCUGUUGUCCAUGAGGUGGGAAUGGUGGGAAAGAAACCUGGAGGAUGCCUGGAGGUUUUGGCUUCAGGGUGUGAACACCUGCAGAACGCUGGGCUGUCACCUGCUAGGAGUGACACAACAGCCCUGCUAGGCAUGUUGGAACCAUUUCCAUUUUAUGGUUGAAAGGGAAGCCUGCAGGGGUCAAGGUCAGUUGCCUAGGGUCCCGCAGGCAGCCAUUGAUGGAGGUGGGGCCAAGCCCCGGCCACCUGACUGCGUAGCACCUGCUGUUCCCUAUCCUCUCCGUCCUUCAUCCACAAGCCUGGGAGCCACCACUCAGUGCUGCUGUCACUGUGGGAGGCGUUGGGGACCUCAGCUUAUGAGACACCCUGAUUCUGCUGCAAGCCAGGGGCCUAUUCUGCCCUGGCUGUCUCCCCAGCAGCACAGCCCUGCCUCUAGGCACCCUUCCCCACAUCCCACAGCUGAGGGUGGCCUCACUCCUCCGUUAACUGUGUACUGCUCUGCACUGUGUGUGCCCUGCAGGGAGCUCCAGCGCCUCUUCUGUGGCCUCCCAAAGGACUGACCACCAUCCCUGCCCAGGGCUGGAUGCACAAGGGGGCCCAGAACAAGGAGCGGCCAGCCCCAAGUCACAGUGAGUGAGUGGCAGAGCUGGGCUUGCUGCCUGGCCCCAGCCGUCCAGCAGGUGCCCCAGUUCCCUGCCCUGUGACCUCUCAGGAUGCAGAACUGAUCUGGGACACUGUCAUCUUUCCCUCAGCCAGGGGCUGGGGCUGGGACAGCCAAGGGCCCAGAGGGCCCUUUCCCUGGCCUUCCAGAUGGCCCGCCAAAGGGCCAGUUUCCCUGUGGGAGGCAGAGUAGAAAGAACAGGGCUCUGGCCCCAGCAAGGCCAGCCUGCGAGCUGCCGCUGUGGGACAAACCACCCUCAGAUGAACAGUGAGAGCCCCUGGUGCGUGGCAGGUUGGGAGCACGGGCUAUAGGGGAGAGGACAGCAGAGCUCCCCCAAGGCACAAGGGGAUUGUGGGGGAACAGGAGGGACUCUUGCAAAAAGUGGGCUUUUCACUGAGCUCUAAGGGAUGGGGAGGCCUUGAAGGGUGGAGAAGCGUGGGGAGACCUGGGCCCGGCGUCCACUGGCCAGUGCCUCAGGGAGCAGUGCAAGGGGAUUAUGGGUCAGUAUGGUGUUGGGUGUUCCCACCUUCAGCACCCUGUGCCCUCACAAGAACCCUAAGAGGCAGGUAAUACUCACCUGCCCAUUCAUUCAGCAGUAAUUCUGUGCCAAGGGUUCAGAGGGCAUGGUGGCUGACAGUCCGUCAGGGACAAGCAGCAGACAGCUGGACCCAGGGUCCACUGGAAGGCAGAACGCCGUGUGAGUGCCCGGCAAGAUGAGGCUCGCAGAGGAGGGGUUCUCAGGACGGCAGGGGCAUGGCAAUGAGGCAAGGGGAAAGUUUCCUAGGCAGAAAAGUAGCACCACUGUCCCCACUUAACAGAAAGCGGAACAGACUCAGCGUGAGUGAGUCAGCGGAGGAGCAUGGAUCUUAACUGUUUUGUUGAAACCCUCCUGAGGGGCUGCAGUGAUAGGAGAGGACCCCAGAUAGCCAAGCGGCAGCCGCUUGUUGCUGACCUCAAUUGUCCACAUCUGGGGAGGGGCUCUGUCCAUGGUUCGCUCCUGCCGGGUUGCCCAGGUGGCGACAGGAUGGGGUUGUAUCUGCCAGGCUGAGUACAGGUGGAACCUACACCAGAUCAGAGGUUUGCGUGGCAGGUGAGGGUGGUGUGGGUGUUCCUGGCAGAGUGAAGUUCCAUGCCCAUGCAGGAGGCUCUGAGAAGUCCUCCCCUCGCCUAGUCCCCACCAUAACCUCCACUGCUCGCGGGCACUAGAAGACCCUAGGGUGCUGCCCCUCUGUUCUCCUUGGGUACCGACUGGCUGCUGGCAAUGCUGGACUGGAGGGCAGAGUACCAUUUAAGCUUCACCCAAUCCCUGGGUGUUUAUUACAGACUCUCCCUGCCACCCCAGACUGGGAAAGUUUAUAAGACCCCUGCCAGGAGUGGGGGGGCACAGAAUUGUCUCAGCAUUCCUCACUUCUCCUGGGGUACCAGAUCGCACCAUGAGUCUGGGCACUGGCCUCCCAUGGUGGAGGUGAGAAACAUGUCAGAGGGCAGGAUUUGGGUGAGAUCGAGGCCUGACUCCCCUGCUUGGAGGUUGGUGGGGAAGCCCUGCUCCUCUUGUUGGCUGAGACUGUCCCCCUGGCAGCCCCAAGCUUAGAAUCUGUGCCCACAGGCCAACCGGAUCCCCUUCUCUCUCCCUGCUGCCCACCUCUGCCUCUCCCUUGCUUCCAAGCCUUUCCUUGGAAAAGGGCCCCCCGCAGCCAGACCUUGAAGUUUCGGCCCCUUCCAGCAAGCACAACAGAGGGCCCAGGAAACUCAGUCCCCUACAGCUGCAAGAAGAGGUGGUAGAGCCUGGGUGAGGAGGGCAGGGACUUGUCGAAAGUCAGGCACAGAGCUGGAGAGUAAGGAUCCAGGUUUCCUGCCUGAGUUAACAUUCAUACUGAGCAGUCACAGGCUGUUCAGCUGCGUGUGGCUUCCGGUAUCUGGGAGUGUAACAUUGGACUGAUUCCCAGGGGGCUGGCAUCUGCUCCCCACUCCAACCUUCCCUAGGAAUAAUUCUGGAUCUUCAAAGACUCUUGGGGGUCCCAGGCUUCCCCCAUGUAACCAAAAGCCCACUUGUUACCCCUUGGGGACCCCCAUCCUUGGCCCAGGAUGCUUUUGAUUCUCUAAGGAGCAUGAAGGGGUAUCACCCCUCCCAAGAGUUUGUGGGAGGAUGGACUAGUCCAGUCAUGUCCCAGUGCUGCCCUUGAUGGGACACUCCCUGUCUCCUGGUGCCCACGGCCCUUGUCUGGGUGCCCCAGCCCCUCCCGCAGCAUAACUGCCUGUGUAUAGUAUAAAUAUAUAUUUUCUAUAUAUAAGAUGUAUAAUAUAAGGCUCCACAAAUAUAUCUGUGUGUGUGUGUGUGUGUGUGUACAUGUGUGUGUGUGUGUGUGCACGCACGCACAUGCAGUGAAUGGUGGUACCCACCCCGGGCCCCCACUCUGGACUCCCCCACCACCUGGUUAGGUCUUGAGUGAAUCCAGUGGCCCUAUGGCACCCUCCUUUAUGACAUCAUCCAUUUGUGUGAACCAAGUGAAGGUGGUGACUUCUGGUGACAUAGUAAUAAAGACUCAAAACCCACCAGCGGA